AUGAAUAACGAAUACGACUAUCUUUUUAAGCUUUUGUUGAUCGGAGACUCCGGUGUGGGUAAGUCGUGUCUCUUGCUACGGUUUGCUGAAAACACGUACACACAAGAUUAUAUCUCGACGAUUGGUGUCGAUUUCAAGAUUAGGACCAUUGAAUUAGACGGCAAAACUAUUAAGUUGCAGAUCUGGGAUACUGCAGGUCAAGAGAGGUUCAGAACAAUCACUUCGUCAUACUACCGAGGUGCUCAUGGUAUCAUUAUAGUGUAUGAUGUUACAGACCAGGAAUCGUUCAAUAACGUUAAUCAAUGGUUGCAGGAAAUCGACAGAUAUGCCACCAGUGGAGUGCAGAAAUUAUUGGUUGGUAAUAAAUGCGAUCUUACGGACAAGAAGGUUGUUGAUUAUGCUGUUGCCAAGGAGUUUGCCGACAGUAGAGGCAUUCCGUUCAUAGAGACGUCUGCUGCAGAGUCAACCAAUGUUGAACAGGCUUUCAUUCUCAUGUCGAAACAGAUAAAGGCUCAGAUGUCUUCUUCCAGACCUUCCAACACCUCUUCCAACAAGCCUACUGUCAAUCUCAGUGGUACUUCUGUUAAUGCUCAGCAAGGAGGCUGUUGUUAA